AUGGCACAAAAUGGGAGUACUGGUAAGGAGAGGCGUAAGCGCGUCCUUGUCGUCGGCGCUGGUGCAGCUGGCAUGUCGACAGCUUACCAUCUUUCAAAUCAUCCCGAUAAGUUCGAUGUCACUCUUAUCGAUUCUGUCGACUACUGCGGUGGGCAGGCCUUCUCAAUCCCGCUUAACAAGGAGCGACAUGGUGCCAGCUGGUUCAACCAAGGAGUACAGGGCGGUAGCUACAUCUUCCAUCACACGCUUUCCAUGUUCGCCCGACAAGGAUUUCAUGCCGAUCCUGUCAAGCUUCAAGUAUCAUUCGGCAAGGAUGAAAAGUUUUGGACCAACGUGUUUCCGACCGACUUCAUCUUGAAGCAUCAGAGCGAAGUGAGGAGGCUCACUUUCAUGCUCAAAUUUAUGCGCUGGUUCGAGGUCUUCUUCGCGCUGAUCCCGCUGAAAAUACUCUUCAAACUAUUUCUCUUUUCUGAUGAGUUUACCAAUGUCGUCGGUUUGCCCAUGACGGCUUUGUUCCUGGGGACUGGUAACGCUACACCGGAAGUCCCAGCAAUUAUGCUUGAACGCUUGUGUACCUCGCCGACUUAUGGCAUGUGGUGUCCUUUGGACGAGAACAGCGUUGUGUCGAACUUCCCCCCAAUGGUUGUGUUUCCCAAUUUCACCGACUUCUACCAGACCUGGAAGAAAGAUCUUGAAAACAGAGGCGUCACUGUCAGACUCUCCACCGAGCUCACCGAGAUUAUCCACCGCAACAAGCGCGGGGUUCUUGUCAAAGUCAAAGGCCGCACACCUGCGGAAGACGGCCACAACCCACUUGGCGGCGAUGCAAAUGCUACAGAGUCUGAAGAACAUUACGACGAGAUCGUGCUCUGCGUACUCGCUGAUACCGCCAAGAAGAUUCUAGGCAAGACGUCCUCAUGGCGUGAGCGCAAAGUCCUAGGAUCUGCCAAGUUUUCUGACGAUAUCACAAUCACCCACACCGACGCCAGUUACAUGAAGAAGUACUACGAGAAUUUCUACGAUGAGUCCAAGGCCGUCAAAGCGCUCGGGAACAAGCGUGAUUUAGAUCAAUCGUCUCGUCUAGAGUACGCCAAGGAUAACUUCCGACCCAUGUACUACAUACGCAUGUACGAUGAGGACCUCUCCAAAUUGGAGAUGUGCUUUGACACCACGAACUAUCAGUCUCAAUUCCCGGAGAACGUACCUUUUGAGCAGCAUGUUUUCCAGACAAUCUACCUCAACAAAGACAGAGACCGCAAGCAUUGGACCGACGACGAAAUUGACAAAGAUAAAAUCAUCCGCAGCGACUGGUGGCACCAGCUCUGCCACUCUUGGACUCACUACGCCUUUUUGGUGCCUUGGAUGAUGUUUUUGCAAGCCAAGCGGCGAGUUCGGUUUGCAGGUUCGUGGACGCUAGUCAAUGCGCAUGAAGUUGCCAUCAUGUCCGGUAUCGCUGCCGCCGUGGACAUGGGAGCUGAGUACCCCGAGGAUCUUGAGCACGACAAGUUUGCGUUCUUGUGUUUCAGGUUAUACUAUCUUCUCGCAUACGGCAAGUGGUACCGUCGAAGAUUCAACGGUAGCCAGAGCCAGAAAGCAAAGGAUGGCGCAAGCUGGGCUUCUGGGUUGUACGGUAGCGUGUAUCAGGGCCCUGGCGUGUCUAAGCAGGAGAGGUCAAUUUGGAGAGAAGAGGUCAAGGCUGAAAGAAGUACUGAGAACCUCGCGGAUGGAAACAAUGGAAGAAGCCAACCCUAA